AUGAGUUAUUGCUGUGCUUCUUGUUCAUUUGAGUGUUCUUCCUGCUGCCAUAAACCAGCCAUGAGCUCACAUCCAGUAAAGUCAAAUUGCUGCUUUUCUUGCGAUCGUAUGCAACAUAUUGAUCCUUUAAUGCCUGUAGCUUCAAAUGCAAGACCAGCUCCCAAGAAAAAUAGCUCAAAAUUUGUGGCAAAAAAGCAGCCUCCAGUUAGACCUUCUAUGGUUAAAAACAGGCUUUCGAAUUGCCCAAAACCCUCUGUACCUUCUCAAAGUUUCAUAAAUAAGAAAAGUUUUGCUGAUCGUUCUCAUCCUUCUGAUUGUGCAUGUCCUCAAUGUGAAACAUGUAUUGGAGUUCAAGAUCUAAGCUCUACCAGCAAAGAUAAACUUCUAUCCCAAGGUUCAGCCUGUGAAUUUGAAAUGUCGAAUCCACAAAGUGAGAGAAAUAUGAAGAACUAUUUGCAUGAUAAUCCACAGUUUGAGGAAACAGAGGUCAAGAAAUCUUCAUCAGCUGCGAGUAUGAUUGAUUGUCUAAGUCCAAAUAGUGAAAUAUGGAUUCUUCAAUGUCCAAAGAAUUUCGAUCCAAAAACAAUAAUGAAUACAGAACUUGGAAAUCUUCAAAAAGAUAAAUCAUGCAAAGUUGAUAUGACUACAAAGUGCUUUAAUAGUAAAAUUACUCUGGCAUGUCUAACACCUGAAAAGGCAGCAGAAUAUGAAGCUGUUUGUGAUCACGUAAAGAUGCUGAGACCAGUUGGAAAAAUUACAGUCGUUCAAAAAGCUAAUUUGCCUAGAAAAUCAAGCAAUCCCAAUCUACCUAGCAUUGUCAAGCUCCCUGCUCCAAUUAAAUGUGAGCCACAAAGUGAUGCAGACGAUUGUAGUGACGUCGAACCAUGUGAAAUUCCAAUAACAUCAAAGAAAGUCAAGGCAAAGAUUAACGAGCAAAAGUUUACAAUAGAAACAACAGUUACAGUCGAGAAUUGUGGUGGAGAUCGAAAGAAAAAUAGAAAAUCAAGGAAUCAAGAAUCGUGUGGAUCUGAUUGUCUUCCAUUAGUUCCACCCGAACCCAUUGUGCCUAAAAAGAAGCAAAAGAAAAUUUGUAGUGACGAUGAAGACAUGAGCUGGUUAAAAUGUUAA